CCUCCUCCUCCUCUUUAGGUCUGUUUAAAAUGCUCGUCGAUGGUGCGAGAACUGGUGCAGACACCCAGCGAGUCGAUCCGUAACAUCGAUCGAUCGAUCGAGAGAGAGUUGAUCGGCGAUAGCGAGCAGGAGAGAGAUGGCGGCGGCGGCGAGAGCAACAGCGUCUUCGAGAGCACUGACGAAAUCCCUAUCCCUGCUCGGUCGCCUCCCGAAGCUCUCCAGUGCUCCGACUCACUCGGCCCGAGCCCUAGGCAUCGUCAGGGCCUUCUCCGCCCUCGUGUCCGCCGUCCACGGCGGUGGUGUACGAGCAGCAAGGUCCCCCGGACGCCGUCACCAGAGUGGUGGAGGUUGCGCCAGUUUUGGUGAAGGACAAUGACGUGUGCGUCAGAAUGCUCGCCGCGCCUAUCAAUCCUUCCGACAUCAACAGCAUCGAAGGUGUGUAUUCGGUGAGGCCACAACUGCCCGCAGUUGGAGGACGUGAAGGAGUUGGCAAAGUACACUUCAUUGGCUCUGCCGUGAAGGAUCUUUCUCCUGGCGAUUUGUUCAUUCCAUCUCCACUCUCUUUUGUUUUUGUGCUCAGGGACAUGGCAGACUUACAUUGUGAAAGGCCAGAGUGUAUGGCAAAAAAUUGAUAAGAAUUCUCCUAUUGAAUAUGCCGCGACAAUUUCAAUUAAUCCUCCGACCGCCUUGAGAAUGCUUGAAGACUUCACCUCUUUGGAUCCAGGGGAUUCGAUUGUGCAAAAUGGGGCUACGAGUAUGGUGGGUUGAUGCCUCAUCCAAAUUGUGAAAUCCCGUGGCAUCCAUAGCAUCAACAUAAUCAGGGACAGAGUGGUGGAGGUUCCGCCAGUUUUGGUAAAGGAGAAUGACGUGUGCGUCAGAAUGCUCGCCGCGCCUAUCAAUCCUUCCGACAUCAACAGCAUCGAAGGUGUGUAUCCGGUGAGGCCACAUCUGCCCGCAGUCGGAGGACGUGAAGGAGUUGGCGAAGUGCACUUAGUUGGCUCUGCCGUGAAGGAUCUUUCUCCCGGCGAUUUGGUCAUUCCAUCUCCACUCUCUGUUGGGACAUGGCAGACUUACAUUGUGAAAGACCAGAGUGUAUGGCAAAAAAUUGAUAAGAAUUCUCCUAUUGAAUAUGCUGCGACAAUUUCAAUUAAUCCUCCGACCGCUUUGAGAAUGCUUGAAGACUUCACCUCUUUGGAACCAGGGGAUUCGAUUGUGCAAAAUGGGGCUACUAGUAUGGUGGGUCGAUGCCUCAUCCAAAUUGCGAAAUCCCGUGGCAUCCAUAGCAUCAACAUAAUCAGGGACAGAGCUGGCUCUGAUGAAGCAAAAGAGGCGUUGAAGAAACUUGGUGCUGAAGAAGUGUUCACUGAGAGCCAACUAGAAAUAAAGAAUGUCAAGAGUCUACUGGGUGAUCUAAAAGAACCUGCCCUUGGAUUAAACUGCGUUGGUGGCAAUGCUGCUUCCUUGGUGAUGAAAUUUUUGAGGCGGGGAGGAACCAUGGUGACAUAUGGUGGGAUGUCUAAGAAACCAAUUACAGUGUCAACUUCAUCUUUUAUCUUCAAGGAUCUUUCUUUGAGGGGAUUUUGGCUGCAUAAUUGGAUGAGUUCAAAUGAUGUAAUAGGGUGCAGAAGAAUGAUAGAUCACUUGCUCGAGCUAGUGCAAGAUGGGAAGUUAAAAUACGAGACGGAGCUGGUUCCUUUUAGUGAUUUCCACAUUGCACUCGAUAAAUCAUUGGGGAAACUUGGAAGCCAUCCUAAGCAAGUCCUGAAGUUCUAGGGCUACUGAAUAUUUAAGGGCAGUGAGAAGAUAAAAAAAUCCUGCGUCAUAUCCUUCAGACGAUCAGCUGUUCUGAAGUUGAGGCACUGGAUCAAUCGGGCACGAUAACUAUGUAUCUUUUGACUAUGUAUCUUUUCCGUUAUUAUUAUUCUCUUUUCAUAAGUUAUGCAUCUUUUCUGUUGAGGUAAUUUCGUUGCUGCUUAUUUUCAGCAUUUUCCAUUCUGAA